AUGUAUAAUUUUUUCAAUAACUUGGAGAUAGCAAAAAAUAAAAUUAUUAGUCACCUUCAUAAAGAACUAUUUGAAGAAAAAGAUAAAGAUGAAUCGUAUUUUAUUCCAGAAGAAAGAAAUAUGAAUUGUUGUAAGCAAAAGUCAGUAGAUUUAUGUGUAUCAUCAACAGAGAAAACCCCCUCAAAAGAAAAUCAUAUAAAUGAAGAGGACAUAAUAUAUGAUCAUAAUAAUAAAAAUAAAAAUAAAAAUAUUAACCGCAAUUUAAUAGAUAGUACCAAAAGAGAAGUACUUAUUCAAACAGAUUUACUUGAGGAAGAAAAGAAAGACAUAAUUACUAACAUUUUUACAAACGAGGAAAAAUAUAAAACAAGAAAAAAUAAACAAAAUGAUAUGGUACCUCUAGAUAAGGAUCAAAAGGUAUUUAUGGAUUUUGAAUAUAAUCAAAAGGAUGCUUCAAAUGAGGAAGUGUAUUAUGGAAACAUGACAAUAUGCACCCAGGAAAAAAAAAAAAAAAAUCCUUUUGAAGAUUAUAAAAAUAAAGAGGAUUGUAAAUAUGUAAUUAAUGAAAUAAAUAAAUAUAAUGUUGAUGAUAAUAAUAAUAAUAAUAAUAAAUAUUAUGGUAAUAAUAAAUAUUAUGAUAAUGUUUAUUUUAAUAUGAACAAUUGUUAUACAAAUAAUAAGGAACUUCCUUUAUUAGAAAAAAAACAAAAUGAUGUCGAUUCCUUAUUAAUAUUAAAAAAUGAAAAAAAUUAUGUUAAAAAAAACGAAACUUUAAAUGAUAAGAUAUCACCAUCCUGUGUCAUAAAUAAAGAUGGGGAAAAUGAAAUGAACCAUUCUUUUUCUGAACCUUUCAUAGAUAUAAUUAAAGAUGAAGAAGAAAAAAAAGAAGAAAGGGCCUCCCAAUAUUAUAAUCAAAAUGAAAUAAAAAAAAUUAAUCAAAAAGAUGUAUCUGUAGAAACGGAAUUUUAUAUGAAAGAUUCUCUUUUAGAUAGUCUUGAAAAACUUUUAAUAAAAAAUGUAAGUUUCAAUUUUGUGAGGAAAGAAUAUAUCAAUAUAUUUCAGGAUAUGCUGACCUCAAAAAGGGAUGUAAGGUGGAAAAAAGAUAAAAAAGAAAUGAAUAUAGAGGAAAAGGAACCCUAUAAUAAUAAACAUAAUAAUAAUGAUAGAUGUUCACAUUUUUGUGACAAAGACAAAAAUAAAGAUCAAGAAAAAAACAUAAAUAAUAUUGAAGAUCAAAACAUAGAUCAUGUUCAAGAUCAAAACAUAGAUAAUGUUCAAGAUCAAAAUAAUCAUCAAAAUGAACAUUUCGAUAUGUUAGGAAAAUUACUCAUGAGUGAUAUGAAAAGUCUUUUUACAGAUACCAUUUACUGCUAUUCAGAUUUGAAUAAAAUUAAUAAUUUUAAUAAUAUGAUAAAUAAAUAUGUAGAAGAAAUAAAAACGUUAAAGAAAAAAGAGAAAAUGUUAAACGAUAUAAACGAAAGACAAACAUUUCAAUUAUUACAGCUAGCUCAACAAAUAUCACAUAUAAAAACUGAACAGGAUAUUUCUCAUGAUUUAUUAAAUGAUGAUAUUAGAUCAAGUGAAAAAUGUGAAUAUAUGGAAAAAGAAAUUAAAAAAUUAGAAAAAGAAAAUGAAAAACUACAAAAUCAUUUAAAAGACAAAAUGACAUAUAUGAAACAAAAUUUCGAACUAAAAUGUUAUAUUCAAAAUAUACAAGAAGAUAUAAAAAAUAAAAACUUUUUGUACACAAAAAUUAAUGAAGAAAAACAUCAACUUGAAAACAAAUUAAUAAAAUAUUAUGAAUAUCUACAAAUUAUUAAAGAAGAUCUAUAUGGUUAUAAAAAAUUACUUUAUGAUUUUAAAAUAAACGAAAACCAUGUAGUCAAUAGAUUUAAAAUGUUUUUAACAAAUUAUAAAAAGUGUCAUCAUGUGAAAUAUUAUAAACUUGGGAAGGAAAGUAACGGAUGGAUUAUUCAAAAAAAAGCAAAAAGAAAAAAAAAAAAAAAAAAAAAAAAAAAAAAUAUGCACAAUUGGAAAUUUAGUCAUUUAAAGGGGGGAAAUUUCAAAAGGGUUAAAUUUUUUAAAUGGAUAGAUGAUGAUAUGAUGCAUAAUAAUGAUGAUAAUAUGUUACAUAAUGUUGAUGAUGAUAAUAUCAUACAUAAUGAUGAUGAUAAUAAUAUCAUACAUAAUAAUGAUGAUGAUAAUAAUAUCAUACAUAAUAAUGAUGAUGAUAAUAAUAUCAUACAUAAUGAUGAUGAUGAUGAUAAUAAUAUGUUACAUAAUAAUAAUGAUAACAAUGUGAUCUAUGGGGAAACACCUUCAAACCAUAAUAUAUCUUGCAAAACCAAAACAAAUAACACCAUUAAAAACAUAUCGAAUUAUAAUACUACAAAAAAUUGUUCACCAAAAGAACUAAUAAACAAAAUUAAUUAUUAUAAGUAUCAAUUGGAUGAAUAUAAAUCCAUAUAUUUGAAAAAUAAAAAUAAUGCCCAUAGUCAAUUAAGGGAAACAAAAAAAUUACUUUCUUAUGAAAUUAGAAAAAAUAAAAUGAUUGAGAAAAAGUAUGAACUUCUUUCUAAUAAAUUUCAAGACAUAUAUACUACAUUUAAUGAUGAAAAAAAGGAUAUUCAGAAUUAUAAUAAUAAGAAGAAGAAUGAAAAUAGUUAUAAAAAGGAUUCCAUAUCAACACAAGAACUUUUGAAUGAAAUAAAUCUUCUAACAGAAGAAAUCAAAAAAUUUAAAGAAGAUCAGAUAUUGUUACAACAAGAUGUAAAUAAUAAGAGUAAAAUUAUAUCUCAUUUAAUAAAAAAACAUGCUUUGAGCGAGGAACAUUUUAGAUUAGACAAAAGUUUCAACAUUUUUAACAACAAAUUAACUUAUGAUGAGAUGAAAAAAGUUAUGGAAGAGACAUUAAUUGAAAACAUUCGACUAAGAACUGAUUUAAUGACUCUUGCCAAAAGUAUAAAUAAAUGA